AUGAUGGAAACUCAUAAUCAACAUCCCACAAAGGAAAUACUCCUUAAGGCAUCAAGAGAGAUAUUAAGAUUAAGACAGAGAAGCCUGAACAUGAUCCGCGACAGAAAGAUGUAUCACACGAAACUGAUAGAGAGAUCUUCAAAAUGCACCAAAGACCCAAACCCCCUUGCGACAACAAUGAUAUUGCUGAAUCAAAAAUAUCCAUUAGCUAUUUCAAAGCCUGAAGCUCGGAAAUAUGGGGUACCAAACCAUUAUUUGUACGUAAACGGGAAAAAGGAGAUCGAGGACUCACACAUGCAGAAUCAUGUUCUCGCAAAGCUAGAGACCAUCCACUGGUGGGUGUCAAAUAGCAGUGUGCCCAGUGGCCAGUUAAAGAAGCUUGCAGACGUGCUUUUUAAGAACCUUGACAAUCAAUGCAGGGCAUAUUAUGAAGUGAACUGGAGAGCAACCAGGAUACAAUGGGGUCCACCGACACUUCAACGCGACUUGGUUAGGACAAAUAAACCUGUAGUGGAAGUUCCAUGUAAUCUACGGGCCGCUGCGUUGAAGGAGAUAUUCUUCCCAGACUUCUCAAGCACACACCCAAGGAUCACUUCGGGAACUAUUGCAGAGUUGCGAAACCAUAUGGAUGUAGCCAUAACUGAUAAUAUGCCUUUAACCAAGUAG